GGGGCGGUGGGGCCUCGUAUGGAGCCCCCGCCCCCCGGAGCUGCCGCCGCCACCGCCGCGCCACACGCAGAGAACUGGCCUUGAGUAGCUAGGGAUGCUGAGUCAGAAUUUAUCCAUCAUCCAGUACCUCAUCCAUCUUAGGUACCUCUGGAAUGGCGUGAGCACUUCCCUAGUGAUGGACCCAUCUGUGACGCUGUGGCAGUUUCUGCUGCAGCUUUUGAGAGAACAAGGUAAUGGCCACAUCAUCUCUUGGACCUCACGGGAUGGUGGUGAAUUUAAGUUGGUGGAUGCAGAGGAGGUGGCCCGUCUAUGGGGGCUGCGCAAGAACAAGACCAACAUGAAUUAUGACAAGCUCAGCCGGGCAUUGCGGUACUACUAUGACAAGAAUAUCAUCCGCAAGGUGAGCGGUCAGAAGUUUGUCUACAAGUUUGUAUCCUACCCAGAGGUUGCAGGGUGCUCCACUGAAGACUGCCCACCCCAGCCUGAGGUGUCUGUAGCCUCGACUGUAGCAAUGGCCCCUGCUGCUAUCCAUGCAGCCCCAGGGGACACUGCCACUGGAAAGCCAGGAACACCCAAGGGUGCAGGAAUGGCAGGUCAAGGUGGUUUAGCACGCAGCAGCCGGAACGAAUACAUGCGCUCGGGCCUCUACUCUACCUUCACAAUCCAGUCCCUGCAGCCACAGCCACCACCACCUCUGCAUCCUCGGCCUGCCUCAGUGCUCCCCAGCACUACCCCUGCAGGAGUACCAGCACCUCCCUCAGGGAGCAGGAGCACCAGUCCAAACCCCUUAGAAGCCUGUUUGGAGGCCGAAGAAGCUGGUCUGCCCCUGCAGGUUAUCCUGACCCCACCCGAGGCCCCAAACCAGAAAUCAGAAGAGUUGAGUCUGGAGCCAGGUUUUGGCCGUCCACUGCCCCCAGAAGUGAAAGUGGAGGGACCUAGGGAAGAACUGCAAGCAGUAGGGGCUGCAGGCUUUGGUUCAGAAGCUGUCAAAACUGAACCAGAAGUCUCACCCUCAGAAGGCCUGCUGGCUCGGCUCCCAGCUGUCGUAAUGGAAAGUACAGCACAGGUUUGUGGCCUCUCUGCCUCUGCCACUGAGAUCGCCCAACCCCAGAAGGGCCGGAAGCCCCGGGACCUGGAACUUCCACUUAGCCCAAGCCUGCUGGGUAGCCCAGGACCUGAACGGACUCCUGGAUCAGGAACAGGCUCUGGUCUGCAGGCACCAGGGCCAGCACUGACGCCAUCCCUGCUACCCACACAUACCUUGACCCCGGUGCUGCUGACACCCAGCUCACUGCCCCCCAGCAUUCAUUUCUGGAGCACUCUGAGUCCAAUUGCACCCCGUAGUCCAGCCAAGCUCUCCUUUCAGUUUCCGUCCAGUGGCAGCGCACAGGUGCACAUCCCUUCCAUCAGCGUGGAUGGCCUCUCGACCCCCGUGGUGCUCUCCCCAGGGCCCCAGAAGCCAUGACUACCACCACCACUCCCUUUCUGGAGUCCCUCCAUCCAUGCUCCUGAACUCUCCAACUAGCCAUCUCAAGGAGAAACAGUUCAACUGACAGACUCAUGCUCUGGUCGUGGUGGGGUGGAUAUUCCUGGGAAAGAGAGAAUCUUUCACUAACUUCCACCCAAAUAGACAACUUCUUUCUUUUUUUUGCUAGCCUCCCAGUGGCCGCCUUUCCACGUCUCCUACUUGAAUGGUAGAGGCGGUUUAUUUAUUUAUUUUUUGAAGGCCACUGGGAAGAAUCUGGCCGAACCCUUUUAGGAGCGUAGUUAAGACAUCUCCCCCAUUUCCUCCCCAGUUUUCUCCCUAAAACAAGACAAUCAGGGUAUGGCUUGAGAAGGACCUUUAUUUAUUUCUCAGCCUGCCCUUGGGGAGAUGAGGGUGCCCUGUCUUUAUUUUGCGACAUGGGUUGAAGAGCUAGUUUGUUUUGUUUUAUUAUUCCUGGCCAUAUCUGAGUCCAGGAAGCACUUGUAUGAUUUAAUGGUUUGGGAGUGGUAGCCAAGGAAGAAUCACACUGUUCACAUAGGAAUUGCUACCUCCCCAACCUUCUCAGUCAGCUUGUUCUUUCUCAAGUAAGCUUUCAGCCAGGGAGGAAUACUCCUCUUGUUCUUCCCCUGAGAAGCCAUUCCUUUGUCUCCAAAUUCCCUGGGGGCCUGCCUAUUACCUCCCAAUGGAGGGUUUUUUUUGGGGUGGUGGUCCCCGUCUGGGGGGCCCCUCCAGCCAGUACUCCGGGGCUCUCUGUCUCCCAUCUUCUUCCAUUUUGAUAGUAUAAUCUAUUUUUAAAUGGGGCUUUUCAAUAGGGGAGAGGGAAGCAUCCCUUCCUAUAUCUGAUGGGUGGGUAGGCGGGUGGGUGGGAAGUAAGGGAUUUGGAGGCAGUCUUCCUGCCAACCCCAAGUGUUUAUUUUUGAUACCAAAUGUGUAUUUUCAGCUCCCUCCCUCCCAGCCCCCCAAUUUCCUGCGGGCGGGUGCAAAGGACCCUUUUAAGUGUCCCUGGAGUUGGGAGGGAGGAAUGGGGAACAUGAAGCCUGUCUUGCAUCAAUUCUAGGCUGGAAGGAAUGGAUUCAAAAAACUCCCAGGCUCACCUCCUGUCAGCACUGGCCCAGACCAGGCCUGAAGACCUGGGGGUUGGUGAUUUGGGGGACGGUGCUACACUCGUCUCCACUAUUUGUUUUACUUCCCCAAAAUGGACCUUUUUUUCUAAGAGUCCCAGAGAAUGGGGAAUUGUUCCUGUAAAUAUAUAUUUUUAAAGGUGUUGAUGAAA